CAACAGAAAAAACAGGGAACUAAAGAUGAAACCAGAUACCGAGUGGAUUGUUAUCACAGUCCUCUACGCCAUCACGAUGCUCGUAGCGUUUGCAGGGAAUGGUUUCCUCGUCUACAUCGUGUGGAAGAAGCCCGAAGUGAGAUCACUGACAAGCUUUAUGUUUGUCAACAUGGCUAUCGCUGAUUUGCUUGUAACCUUGGUAGUGAUGCCCUGGUCGAUUUCCUUUAUAUAUACAGACGGUUUGUGGAUGAUCCCGGGAGUAUUUGGAAAAGUCAUGUGCAAAGGUGUUGUAUACACUGCCUACGUCACUUUAACAGCAUCCAUCCUCUGCCUGACGUUCAUGGCGAUCGACAGGUACUAUGCCAUCGUUCAUCCCCUCCGCCGCCAUCUUUGGUUUCGAAAGCCUAAACUAACCGUUCCAUUUAUUUGGAUCGGCUCACUGGUCUCCAUGUCCAUUUUCCUUGUUAUUCAAACUGUGGAGGACUACAAUAAUUCUUCCUAUUGCAUGCUAUCUGUUUACAUCUUGGGUGAUCCAGAUAGGGCUCUUCGAGGAAUAUACCUCCUCCUUUUUGUCGUCAACUAUCUCAUCCCCUUGGUCGUUAUUUCUUUCCUGUAUACCAUAACUGCAUGGAACUUAUGGUUCCAUGUUGCACCUGGAGUGAAUACUUUGAGAGGAAAUCGAGCACAACUCGAAACCUCCAAGAGAAGAGUGGUUCGGAUGCUCAUUAUUGUUACCUGUGCCUUUGCCCUUUGUUGGCUCCCACCACAAGUGGUCCACAUGAUGAUCGUCAUUCGCGCAUCAAAGUUUCAGCUACAGCCGAUUGUCAGCUUUGUGUGUUUCUGGUUUGGACACGCCAACAGUGCCGUUAACCCAUGGCUGUACAUUUUUCUGAGCACCAAGAUAAACACAGCAUUUACUAGGAUCGUCAGUAGAAAAAGCAGCCAGUUGCCUUCAAGUCUCACCAUCAAAACAUCAGAUGUCGUUUUACCACCUGGAAACCAGAAUGAAUCAAGAAUAUAA